GCUGACUCUCUGCCUGAUUUCCCAGCUCGCUGAGGUUUCUUCCACCGACCACAAUGAACAAGUUCCUGUGCUGCACGCUUGUGCUCUUGGACCUUUCUGUGAAGUGGACCAUCCAGGACGACUCUCCUCGCACAUAUCCCCAUUAUGAUCCAGGGACAUCUCGUCAACUACUGUGUGAUCAGUGCCCUCCUGGGAGCUACGUAAAGGAGCACUGUACAGCCACCAGCCCAACGCAGUGUGCCCCGUGUCCGGAUCAGUACUACGCCGAAGAGUGGAACAGCAACGAUGAAUGCCAGUACUGCAGCGCUGUUUGCAAAGAGCUGCAGUACGUCAAGCAGGAGUGCUCCAGCACGCAGAACCGCGUCUGUGAGUGUGUCGAUGGCAGAUACCUGGAGCUUGAGUUUUGUUUAAAGCACACGGAGUGUCCUCCCGGAUUCGGCGUUGCACAGCCAGGUACCCCUGAGAGUGACACUGUAUGUGAGAGAUGUCCAGAAGGAUUUUUCUCAAAUGAAACAUCAUCUAAAGCAGUCUGUCUAAAGCACACAAACUGUAAUGCACUGGGCUUCAAAAUAGCAUUGAAGGGAAAUGCAGUUCAUGACAACGUCUGUCAGGAAAAUACAGAUACGACACCUCAAAAAUGUGGAAUAGAUGUAACCCUGUGCGAGGAGGCUUUUUUCAGGUUUGCUGUUCCUACUCAUCUCACGCCUAACUGGCUGAACAUCCUAGCAGACAGUUUGCCUGGGACUAAGGUUACCACAGAAAAUAUUGAAAGGAUUAAACAAAGGCACGGUACUCAAGAGCAGACCUUCCAGCUUUUGAAAUUAUGGAAGCAGCAAAACAAAGAACAGGAUAUGGUCAAGAAGAUUAUUCAAGAUAUUGAUCUUUGUGAAAAUAGUGUCUUAAGGCAUAUUGGCCACCCGAAUCUCAGCUUUGAACAUCUCAACACACUGAUGGCAAACUUACCAGGCAAAAAAGUGGGAAAAGAAGAUAUCGAGCGCACAAUGAAACUAUGUCAACCUACAGAGCAAGUUCUGAAGCUUCUCAAUCUGUGGAGAAUAAAGAAUGGUGACCAAGACACCAUUAAAGGUUUAAUGUAUGGACUGAAGCACUUGAAAACAUACCACUUUCCAAAACCAACCAUCCAAAGGCUGAAGAAGGCGAUUAAGUUUCUUCACAGAUUUACAAUGUAUAGAUUACACCAGAAACUCCUUUUAGAAAUGGUAAGGAACCAAAUUAAAUCAGUGAAAGUAAGAUGCGUCUAAUUCAAGAUAUUAUUCAUUCUUCACUGACUAUUUUUCCCUAAUUACUGCCAGCAGUAAUUAAACUGGAACGUUGUUUUCCUACAUUAUGUCUUACUAUUUAUAGAAAUGCCCGACUGGAAUAGCUCUAAGUCUUUUGCAGUGUUUUUGGAAGUUUUUU